AUGGCCAAAACAUUGCCUCUGGAGAUAGUUGCUACCAUCAUUCGCCUUUGCUCGCGAGAUACUUUGGCCCGGCUGUCGUUGGUCAACUGGUUUUUCAAGAACGAAGCUGAGCCCUUGCUUUACCGAUCCAUCACCGUAAAGCUCGACAAUUCCAGAGCUGGACGUGUCGCAGCCUUCGCUUGUCUGAGGGCGCUCAUGAAGCCUGAAAAGGCGAAGAUGGUUACGCACUUGAAGAUCUUCGUCAGUGGGCCGAUGAUGACACUGGUCAACAAGAUACUUGUUUGUAUGGACCACAUGGACAACCUAAAGCAUCUCAGGCUGGAAGUAAGGGUGCCGGAAUAUUGCCAGGAGAGCACCUGUUUCUGGGAGUUUCCCUCCAAGCUCUUGUGUCGAAACAAUUUCCAGCUUUCAUCCUUCGGCUACCACCCUUCGUAUGCCAGACUGUUCCAGGGAAACGACGAGCUCAAAAGGCAUCAGCUGUCCUUAGAGGUCAUAGCGCUAUGGGGCCAUACCUAUUUUUACCGUCAGGAUCUGCUCCAGCUCAUAGUACGAUGGGCUGCAGAGAACCCCAAAGUUCCCGCUCUUCUAGGAUUCGAGCCGUAUUACCCACCUGAAGAUUCGGAACAGCGUCGCCUUCCCAUCAUCUGUACAUUGGCGGUGACAGGAAGAGGUAAAAGAGGAGAGCAAUACGAAGUGUGCCUUUUUCCUGGUCUCUACGCCCUCGAGGAGAGACCUAGAAUUUGCUCUCGGGUUUCCAACAUUCUCGAUCUCGAGGAUGAUGGCACGUAUGGAACCUUGCCCUCUGAGAGGGUUCGGCGUGUGUCCCUUUACUGGCUCGGAUUCACCAACAACGAUACAACUGUGUCAGAACUCCAGCGAUUUUCAGAAUCGGUGGUGGCCUCGUUCCCUGCUCUGGAAGAGCUAUGGGUUUACAUAAGAUCAUCGCCGACUGAGGGAAGGACUUUCACCGUUGGUCCGAGCUCCCCUGAUGACGCUAGCUUGACGAUGACGCUGCCUCCGGAAAUCGUUGCGUCCAUCAUUGGACUUUGCUCGAGAGAGGCCUUGGUUCCUCUGUCCUUGGUCAACUGGUUUUUCAAAGUCGAAGCUGAACCUUUGCUUUAUCGCUCCAUCUCGCUCGAUUCCAGGACUGGGAACUUCAAGGCAAUUGCCUGCCUAACAACCCUUUCUUCGAAGCCUGAAAAGGCGAGGAUGGUUCAACGCCUGAAGAUCGUCCUAAAACCAUUAUGGACCUUGAUAGACAGAAUGAUCGCUGCAGCAGAGCAUAUGGAUAACCUGAAGCACCUGGAUCUUCGGAUGCACGGCGACUGGAGAGAAUUUACAUUUCAGCAGGAGUUCCCUUCCAAGAUCUUGUUUCGAGAUAAUUUCCAACUUACCUCCCUCGGUUAUUACACCUCAUCCGCGAGAAUGUUCCGCAGGAAUGAUACUCUCACAAGUUCUCAGAAAUCGUUGGAGAUCUUGGGCCUAUGGCACAAGACCCACUUCUACCGCCAGGACUUAGUCCGCAUCCUUUUACGAUGGGUCGCAGAGAACACGGGGGCCAACUUUCCCUCUUUCCUAGGGUUCGAGCCCUAUUAUCCACCAGAAGAUACCGGACGGCGUCUUCCCGUUAGUCGGAGUGGUGAAAAAUACGGAGUUUGCCUUUUCCCCGGGCUCCACGCUACCGAAGAGGAGAGACUUCGCAUUUGCCCUCGAGUUUCCAAGCUCAUCGAUUUGGAUGACGGCGGAGGAUAUGAAACUUCGCCAUCGGAAAGAGUCUGGCGCAUGACGAUUUACUGGCUCGGUCUCACCAGCAACGAGUUGAGCGUGGCGGAACUGCAGCGAUUUUCAGACUCGGUGGUGUCCUCUUUCCCUGCUUUAGAAGAGCUAUGGAUCUAUACCCGAUUCACAAACGACUUGGUGGGUCCUCGCUCCGUGCACAUGCAUUCUGACCAGAAACCUCACAAUCUCAACGAGUGCGUAAAAAGUUACUUUUCGAAGUAA